AUAACUGAUUAAUUGAGGAGAUGACGCAAUCAAAAUCUGAAUUUGAUGUUUGGGACUGGCUUCUCUUUUCGGCAAUGCUGAUCAUUUCGGCAGGCAUCGGAAUUUUCUAUGCAUGCCGACGACAGAAAACGACCACAGAUUUCCUAAUGGGAGGCAGAAACAUGCAGCUGGUACCCGUUGCCAUUUCCAUCUUACUUUCUUUUAUGUCAGCCAUCUUCAUUCUCGGAACCACCGCGGAAAUGUACACACAAGGAACUCAGUAUUUUAUAUAUCAGUUUGGAAUAUCCUUGGCAGUCCUUCUGGUAUCACAACUGUUUGUGCCUUUGCUGUACCCUUUACAGCUGACCAGUUCGUUCGAGUACCUAGAACUGCGGUUCAAUUCCAAGGCGGCCAAGCUGACGGGAACGACCAUGAUGAUUUUAGAACAGGUGAUCUACAUGGGCGUGGCAUCGUUUGCACCAUCAACUGCACUAGAAGCGGUCACCAGGUUCCCAACCUGGGCCACUAUCAUCACAGUGGGGGUGGUAUCGACAUUCUACACCUGUCUGGGAGGGAUGAAGGCAGUGGUGUGGACGGACGUGUUCCAGUCUUUAGUAAUGGUGGCUGGACUGUUGGCAAUUAUGAUUAAGGGAACUUUAUCUGUGGGUGGUAUCGACACGGUGUGGCGGAUCAAUGACGAGUGGAAACGAAUAGAGUUUUUCAAUUUUAAUCCUGACCCCACCCAGCGUCACUCCUUCUGGUCCCUCAUCGUAGGAGGUACAUUAGCAUGGACCGCUACGUACGGCGUCAACCAGGCUAGCUUUCAGCGGUACUGCGCUGUCCCUUCACUAAGACAGGCCAAAACUGCUGUGCUACUGAACGUAGUGGGAGUCAUCUUUCUGCUGUCUGUUGUAUGUGUAGUGGGGAUAGUGUCGUUCGCUUAUUACGUACAAAAAGGAUGUGACCCCUACACAAACCAAGAUAUCAGCAAUCCAAACCAGAUCAUCCCUUUCUUUGUGAUGGAGACACUAGGAUACCCAGGAAUCCCCGGGCUAUUUGUGGCCUGUCUGUUCAGCGGCGCUCUCAGCACGAUGUCCUCCUGUUUGAAUGCUCUUUCGGCGGUCACGUGGAAAGAUAUUUUGGAGCCAUUCCUUGGAGAGAAAACGGAGUCACAGAAAACCUGGAUCACACGAAUACUGGUUGUCCUCUAUGGUGGAGCAGGUAUCGGAAUGGCAUUCAUCUUUAUGAACUUAGGCGGGACAGUGGUACAGGCUUCCCUUAGCUUUAUUGGCGCCUCGUCUGGUCCACUACUUGGAAUAUUCGUUCUUGGAGCUUUCUUUCCGUGGGCUAACUGGAUAGGAGCUGUAGUCGGAAGUCUUUUCGGUUUGGCACUUUCAUUCUGGAUCAGUAUUGGUGCCUACAGUGUAGUUGGAGCGCCUAAUUCACUUCCCUUCCCGACAGAAAACUGUACAAAGGCCGACAACUCUACUCUGUUUAUAAACAUUACGACUACCAUAACAUCUACAUCUCCAAUAGAGGGUCUUGACGUCCUGUACACUAUAUCCUACUUGUGGUAUUCAGCUAUCGGUACCGCCACUGUGGUAGUUGUUGGUUUGUUCGUCAGUCUACUGACAGGUUUGACUCCUAAGGAUGAGGUGGACAGCAGGUACUUGAUUCCUCUGUUUGACCGGAUCUUUUGCUGCCUACUUGGACAGUUAAGACGACGUCUGCGGUGUUAUAUAGAAUUUCAGGAUCCAGAGGACAUCAAAGCGAGACAGAAUGUAGAAUUUUCAGUAGAUGCUGACAAACCAGUCAUAGUUCCAAAAAGGUCCGAUAAGUUCCGACAGAAGAAGUACUACUCGGAACCAAUCGAGGGGAUACCUCUCAAGUCUCUGUGUACAUCUGUGAACGUUCACGAUGUCUCUGGAUUCGAAAGCGACGAUGCACCACCAUCUUACUCGCAUGCAGAGGAGUAUGAAACGGCAGAGACUGAAUUUCUUUGAUUUCGUUUUCAUCCGUGAUAGUGAUAAGUGACUGAAAUUGCACAGAGUAUAAUUAACAUGAUUAUUGAAUUAACAGGUUUUUAACCAACAAACAACAACCCAAAAUGAAAUGUAAUUAACUUAAUCCU